AUGCCUGACUCGAUUGCCGAACCAUAUACAAUCCCAAUCUUUUACGCUCGCUCCCACCCCGCCGAAAAUCCCAUCCUUCCAGUCCACAGUGCCGGUCCGAUUAAUCCCAGACAGUCCCAAGAGAUCGAACUAGACGAAUACCUGUCGGCACACCCAAAUCAAACCCGACCAACACACGCCAGGCAAGACGAGGAAGGCGAAGAGACAGAGGAAGAGGAAGACUCCGAGACUGACGCAUCCGAAAAAGACCACCUCGUGGUUGCGGAAGGGUCUGAAUCACCUAUGCAACGCAGGAAGUCCAAGAAGAACAAGGACAAGAGAUCGUCAUCUCGCCCAGAUCUGCGCAUCGAGGUCAAUCAGAACGGCCACGCGAAUGGCCACGCAAACGGUGACAUGAAUUCCCACAUUGAGAUGAGACGGAAACACGUCUCGAGCGAUGACCCGACGAACAACACCAGCCGACUCAUGAGCAGAAAUGAUUUUUCCCUCGACCAUGAGCCGGCCCCUCCUCAAACGCCGCAGACCCCUAGUAUGGUCAAUACCAGCUUCGUCGACCUCCCUCCGAAAGACAAGAAGAACUUCCUCCUUCUCUGCCUCCUAUAUUUUCUCCAGGGGAUCCCCAUGGGGCUGGCUUCGGGCUCUGUCCCUUUUCUGUUAAAAAGCUAUCUCUCAUAUGGACAGAUUGGCAUUUUCUCUCUGGCCAUAUACCCUUACUCUUUAAAACUGCUGUGGAGUCCGAUUGUGGAUGCAGUUUGGAGCAGGCGGUUUGGACGGAGAAAGAGCUGGAUUACUCCUAUUCAAACGAUUUCAGGACUCUCAAUGAUUUACCUUGGAGGUCAGAUCGAUGAGAUGAUGAGAGCUACAGGCGACAAUGACGGAGCUGGAGUCUGGAGCUUUACCGGCUGGUGGUUCCUUUUGGUCUUCAUGUGUGCCACUCAGGACAUCGCAGUGGACGGAUGGGCCAUUUCGCUGCUGUCAAUUCAGAACAUUUCAUAUGCCUCGACGGCACAGACGGUUGGCUUGACUGCUGGCUCAUUCUUAUCGCACACUGUUUUUCUCGCUCUACAGGCGCCAGACUUUGCCAACAGAUGGUUCAGGACUGUUCCUCAGGAGUAUGGUCUCUUCACCCUCGGAGGCUACAUGACCUUUUGGGGCUGGGUCUAUCUCAUCGUAACGGUGGGUCUAGCCAUCUUGAAACGAGAAGAGAAGAACAACGAGCGUGAAGGGAUCAUGGAGGUAUACAGAACCAUGUGGGCAGUGCUCAAACUGCCCAAUGUCCUCACCAUCAUCGCUGUCCAUCUUGUCAGCAAACUCGGCUUUGUGACCAAUGACGCAGUAACGAAUCUCAAGCUUCUCGACAAGGGCUUCGGGCAAGCAAACAUGGCUCUUGUUGUGCUCAUUGAUUUCCCGUUCGAGUUGGGCUUGGGAUAUUACGCUGGGAAAUGGUCCACCGAAUACACACCGCUGAGGGUAUGGUGCUGGGCUUAUGCCGCACGGCUUCUCGCGGCUGUCUUUGGUCAGAUUACGAUCAUGUUAUAUCCAACUGGGCCGGAUGAGGCUGUGCCAGCGUGGUACAUGCUGGUGGUGAUUGCUGCACAUGUUUCAUCAACAUUCAUGAACACGGUCAUGUUUGUUGCUUCGGCUGCGUUUCACGCUCGAAUUGCAGAUCCCACGAUUGGCGGGACAUAUAUGACAUUAUUGGCCACUGUCUCGAAUCUCGGCGGCACAUUCCCCAAGUUUUUCAUCCUCAAACUGGUCGACCUCUUCACAAAGGCGACGUGCAUUCCACCUGCCGACCCUGAUACGUUCCUCAAAUCUCAUCCCGAUGCUACGCUCGUCACCAGCAGUUUCAGCUGUGCGCUCGAGGCAGACAAAAACACGUGCCUGAAGGGAGGUGGGACUUGCCUGAUGCAGCGUGACGGCUACUACAUCACGAAUGUCAUUUUUGUGAUUGUUGGAGCGAUAUUGUUCUGGACUUAUGUGGAGAGGAAAGCUCUUGCGCUGCAAGCGUUGCCGUUGCGCGCGUGGAGAGUAGGGGAUCACUCGUCGUAUCGCCGGGUGCCUUCAGGAUGA